AUAAUAAGAACCCAUCUUUCUCCCAAACUUGUCUACCAUUACAUCUCCAAAAUUCUCAUUCUCACUUCUUGCAUAUUCUUUUUCUUAAUAUCAACAUUAGCAAUCAAAACAUGAUGAUCUUUUGAUCUUGUUGAUGUGAAGUUUGAUUUUUUGAAAGGUAAAAAGGCUUAUUAAGUUCUUUUUUGACUCAAAAAGGCUUAUUAUAAGUUGUGACAUAGAAGAUUUUGUGUUAAAAAUAUGAAGGAAAAUAUUGGGAAUGUAUCUAUGAAAAUGGAGGGUGGUUUAGUAGAAAAAAAUGGAGAAAGAGUUAGACAUGUUGAAAAAGAUGAUUAUGUGAAAAGGGUCAUUGUCAAAAAAAGGAAACAUUGCCAUAGUAGCAAUGUUAAGAAGCCAAUCUCUAAUAAAGCACUUCAAAAGCUAUUUGUCUCAUGCAAGGAGACAUUCAAGGGUCCUCACACUGUUCCUUCACCAAAAUAUAUUCACAAACUAUGUCACAUUCUUGAUAACAUGAAGCCAGAAGAUGUAGGACUAUGUAAAGAUCUACAGUUCUUCAAACCUGAAAACAUUUUCAAAGAGAAUCCAAGGGUCACAUAUACAACCAUAUACAAGUGUGAUAAUUUCUCACUAUGUAUAUUUUUCUUACCUGCAAAAGGAGUGAUUCCCCUUCAUAACCAUCCAGGAAUGACUGUUUUCAGUAAGCUUCUAUUGGGACAAAUGCACAUUAAAUCUUAUGAUUGGGUUGAUCCUGAUGUCUCACACAACUUGUUGAAGCAACCAUCUCAAUUGAGGUUGGCAAAGUUAAAAGCUAAUAAAGUGUUCACAUCACCAUGUGACACUUCAGUGUUGUAUCCAAAAACUGGAGGGAACAUCCAUGAAUUCACAGCCAUAACACCUUGUGCUGUUCUUGAUGUCAUUGGACCUCCUUAUUCCAAAGAUGAUGGCAGAGAUUGUUCUUACUAUAGAGAUCACCCUUACACUUCUUUUCCUAAUGGAGAGAUUGCUGAGUUGAAAGAAGAAAAUGAAAGUUAUGGAUGGUUAGAAGAAAUUGAGAUGCCAGAAAACUCUCAAAUGGAUGGGAUUGAAUAUUUGGGUCCUCCAAUUAUAGAGAAUUAAUUCCCUAUAAGAUCAUAUCAACAUUCAAUUACAUGUAUUCCAUAGCUAGCACACCCUCUUAGAAGAUGUUCUUUCUUGAUGUGCAUAUUACAAACAUAUACACACAAUUUCCCCUCAUCCAUCUUACCCUUUUGCUUCCAUAUUGCAUUUAAUGUUAAAAAGUUUAAUUUAAUAAUUAUAUGUUCACAUUAUACAUA